ACAAAUAAUAUUUCAAUAUCGCGCCUCCGUCUGCCUAACGUUUCCGGCGGAACAUCAUUGUCGCGGAUGAUCACGUGAUCGAGGAUCGACUUCUUGGUUUGCGGCCACGAGGUUUUUGCGGUGAAAAUUGAGUUUACCGGGUUGAAUAGGCCCUCGAUUUUUGUAUUUAUACAAAAAUGCCAUCCAGCAACCCCUUACCACCAAAAGAAAAUGCCUUAUUCAAGCGAAUUUUGAGAUGCUACGAACACAAACAAUACAAAAAUGGCCUCAAAUUUGCCAAGCAAAUAUUGUCAAACCCAAAGUACAGCGAACAUGGCGAGACCCUGGCGAUGAAGGGUCUGACACUAAACUGCCUGGGCCGCAAAGAGGAAGCUUACGAUCAUGUGCGACGAGGCCUGAGAAAUGAUCUAAGAUCUCACGUCUGUUGGCACGUUUACGGUCUGCUCCAACGAUCUGACAAAAAGUAUGACGAGGCUAUCAAGUGUUACCGCAAUGCUCUUAAAUGGGAUAAGGAUAACAUCCAAAUUCUCAGAGAUUUAUCCCUCUUGCAAAUUCAAAUGCGGGAUUUGGAUGGCUACAAGGAUACGAGGUAUCAGUUGUUCAUGUUGCGCCCAACCCAACGCGCUUCUUGGAUCGGCUUUGCGAUGUCGUAUCAUUUACUCAAAGAUUAUGAAAUGGCCCUAAGAAUUUUGGACACGUUUCGUAAUUCUCAAAUGAGUUGUUACGACUAUGAGCAUAGCGAACUACUGUUGUACCAAAACCUGGUCAUUCAAGAAUCUGGGGAAAGUGAGCAGGCCUUAAAGCAUUUGGAUAAGUACUGUGACCAAAUCUGUGACAAAAUAACAGUCAAAGAAACGUAUGGAAAACUGAGACUAGAGUUAGAACAAUAUUCCGAGGCUGAACAAGUUUUUAAAGAAUUGCUAAAUUUAAAUCCUGAAAAUACGACGUAUUACGCCAGGCUGGCUGAAGCCGAAAGGCAUUCUUCGCCUGAAAAAACGUUGGAAAUGCUUCAGCGAUAUCAAGACUUAUUUCCCCGAGCUCUGGCACCGAGAAGAUUACAAUUGAACUAUGCAACAGGGGAAACAUUUAAAGCUUUAGUUGACCAGUACCUCAGAAAAGGCCUUCACAAAGGCGUUCCGCCACUGUUCGUAAACCUGCGAUCGCUUUACAAAGAUCAACAGAAGGUUGAUACAGUACAAUCGUUGCUUCUUGAGUAUGUAGAAGCUCUCAAGAGUCACGGCCACUUCAGCGACAGUGAUAAAGACCUGCCUCGGGAGCCAGCAUCUGCUCUUUUAUGGACUUACUACUACCUGGCCCAACACUAUGACCAUCUUGGUCUCACCGAGAAGGCUCUAAAAGAAAUCGACGCUGCCAUUGACCAUACACCGACCUUGAUCGAGCUUUUUGUCACAAAAGGGCGAAUUUACAAACAUGCUGGGAAUGCGAUGGAAGCAUACAAGUGGCUUGACGAAGCACAGGGACUAGAUACUGCUGAUCGUUAUAUAAAUUCAAAAUGUGCCAAAUAUAUGCUCCGCGCAAAUCUGAUCAAAGAGGCGGAAGAGACAUGCGGAAAGUUUACGAGGGAGGGUGUUCCGGCUAUGGAAAAUCUCAACGAAAUGCAGUGCAUGUGGUUCCAAACGGAAGCAGCGAGAGCGUACCAACGACUUGGGAAGUACGGAGAGGCAUUGAAAAAGUGUCACGAAGUUGAUAGGCAUUUUUCGGAAAUCAUGGAGGAUCAGUUUGAUUUCCAUACGUAUUGCAUGAGAAAAAUGACAUUGCGUUCCUAUGUUGGCUUAUUAAGAUUAGAGGAUGUUUUGCGGUCACAUCCGUUUUACUUCAAAGCAGCCAAGUGCGCGAUAGAAGUUUACUUGAGGUUAAACGACUAUCCUCUACCGGAUCCUACUCAGACACAAGAAAUCGACACUGAAAACUUGGCACCGUCGGAACUAAAGAAGCUUAGAAACAAGCAAAGGAAACAGCGCAGGAAGGCUGAAUUGGAGAGGCAACAAGCCGCUCAUGCUCAGGAGAAAAGGGAGCAGCACAACAAAUCUCGACAACAGGCCGAUCCUGAUCUCGAACAACCGACUCUCGAUGAAUUGAUCCCGGAAAAAUUGGAAAGGUCUGAAGACCCACUGGAGCAGGCUGUCAAGUUUUUACAACCAUUACAAGAGCUGGCCUCAGACAGAAUAGAAACGCAUCUCAUGGCAUUUGAGAUAUACUUUCGCAAAGGCCGGACACUGCUGAUGCUUCAGUCAAUAAAACGUGCGCAUAAUCUGGAUUCAAAUAAUCCAGACCUGCACUCUUGUCUGGUACGAUUCCUUCAACACGUCGCGGUAAAUCCGCUCAAAGGACCGGUAGCCGAUGUUGUAAAACGGCAGACAGCGGAUAUAUUUUCAAACUACGACGCGGCUCAAUUGAACAGUGAAUUUUUAAAUAAAAACAGCAAGUCUCUGCCACAUUUACUUCAAGGGGCACGAAUGCUGCACCUCUUGGAUCCAUCUGCUCAAGCUAAAGCUCUGUCGUUGGCUAGUCAUGUAGACGGUUUGGACGGAGUUAAUUUAGAAACGUGUACCAGAGUUUUGGAAGCACUGCGGAACGAAGAUUUUGGAAUAUGCGAACAGGCGAUAGCGGAUUACACGACACAGUGCGAAAAACACUUUCCUUACGCGACCGCAUUUCGACCGCCAGAAUCUUACACCGCAACUACUAACCAUCAGGCUCUGACAACAAUCAGCGAUACAGUUAGGGAGUGAAUCUGGGUUCUGGGUUUUACGUUAAAACACGUAAAUUACAUAAUUAGAAUUUAUAUUAAACAAAACAAAUACAAAAAAGAAAAAAAACCAACAAAAGAAAAGAGAAAUGCGGAUAAUUACCGAAUAAGCAUGUAAUAUAUUAAAAAACUGUUCCUGGUGAAGUUCAUAUAUGCAGUGUGAGCAGUGCCGGGAUCAGUGAUGGAUGAACAAUCUUAACAAAUUGAUACGAGAUGAAAAACAAACAAGUAGAGCACUGUGUUUCGUCAUGGUUCGUGAAUUUUAAAUGAAGAAAAAAAAAAAGAGGACGGCGUAGUUAAGAUUAAUAAAUAUUACCCUUAAUUAGAACAGAUCAAUCAGGCUCUUCAAAUUCAAGAGUUACGGACGAAGUAGGAAGCGGCAAAGAGUGUGGAAACGUUUAGUGUACAGGGUGCGGUGUUUAAAUAUAU